CCCCAAAAAAAAUAUAGUUUGGCCCCCCACAAGGUCUGAGGGACAGUGGACCGGCCCCCUGCUGAAAAAGUUUGCUGACCCCUGCUUUAAGGUUUCCAGACUCAAAAGAGAGCAGGGCAAUUAAAGGCACAGAAGUCCUGUCCACUAUUGAGUCUGGCAACCCUACGGCCAAAUGUGUUUCUCCAGACCUUUCUGUCUGGCCCUCAGGACUGUGGCAACCCAUCGUUUGCCUGGAUGGAGGAUAUGCAUGUGGAUGAAUGUGUAGAAUGUUUUGCAGGGUUAGGAUGCAAGUCUGCUGUAUAAAGGUUCAAGUCACAUCCAUGGCUCCACCCACUUCUGCCUCUCGCCCUGCCCACUGCUGCAAUGUGGCCGCCAGAAAGUUGCCUGCCAGGGAAGGUUGCCCUCAGGCUGAAAAGGUUCCCCGCCCCUUGUCUACACUGACUGUCUGUGAGCCUCUGAUUUUUUAGACAGAGAUGCCGGGAACUGAGCCUGGGAAAGGUACUUUUCUGCUUAGCUCCCUCAGUGGUGGGUAUUGACUUGAACACUAACAGGUUAUUUGCCCUGGAUGUAAGUGUUUAUGGCAAUCUCUAAAAUAAUCUAUUUCCUCCACCUUUAAGGAUUAUUUUCACGUUCCUCUCUCGGAAGAUAAGCAAGGCAGGCGGUAUUUGGAGCUAAUUUAUGCAGGAGCAGUGUUAAAGGACAGCUGGAUACUUGCUGAUGUGGGCAUAUCAAUUUCUUCGACCAUCAAAUGUGUUGUUAAGGUCCCAGAGCUACUUAGAACAAUGUAAAAAUUGAGAAUUGAAAACAGUCGAAACAUCUUACAGUCUUAAGAGUAGGGUGAGUCCCAGAAACACAAAUCUCAGGUGCUAAUGUCCUCAAGCCUGCAGCCAGCCUCUUGGCAAAGUUGGAAGGGGCCCUUAGUGACACCAGGUGGACUCACCUGGUGGCGGGGGUGGUAGCAGUUCCCUGAAUCAGUACCAGGUGACUUGAAAACCGCCAUUUAGAUUUCCCCCAAUGCCCAGAGCAAUCCGCCCCCCUCUUUUGAAGGUGAUAUGCAAACAGCUUGGCUGUGGUUUGAGACAAUUUAUCCCGGGUUGCUUAGUUUUCUCAGUUUGAGAGUUAGUUUGCCAGAAUUUUUAUUGUUCCUGGCACAGCAUUACUAGGAUCACAGAAGAUGAAAACAAAGAAUAGAACAUUGAGAGUUGCAAUUCUCUGCCCAGUUACCUAGGAAUGCAAUCCUCUGAUCUCAGUUGGAGUAAACAGAACUGAACUGAAAAAGGACUGCGCUCAUAUUGGGGCAUCUACAGAGAUGGAGAAACAUAGCCAGGCAUUGUUCUCUUGGCCUGGACCUGGAAAUCCUAUAUUAGAAACCAUUAUUUCCAUUCGACGGGGCCUUUAAUUGUGACAAGUCCUGUCUUGUUUUCUCUCUGAACACGACUGCUUUGUGAGGUAGGUCAGUGGUUAUUCCUAUUUCACAGAUGGGAAUGAUAGCUCUUUGUAUAUCGGACAGUGCUAGGUCUUCAUAUCUUCCUGUAUCUCCCCACUGUAGAGAUUGUAAACCGAAUUGAAUUGAAUUUUAAAACAAAACUGAUUGUUGCUGUUGUGGGCUACAGCAUCAUCCACAAGACCACAUUCUAUGCAUGGGCAAUGGAUGCCCGGAUGUCUUAUAGUCAGAAUUCUACAUGGGCUAUAAGCACAAUUUUACAAAGGAUAUUACCACUGGAAUAUUGAUCUCAUUGUUGGUUUUCCUUUCCAGGAAGAAGAUAAGCCAAUUUUCUAUGUUUACAAUGCUGUCACUCAUGAAAAAAUGCCCAUCAUGGGAAAGAUUUAUCUCCUGGGGUUAAAGGUUUCCCAGCUUAAAAGCCUGGUAACCCUGAAGUGCGGCUUUCCAAACAGCAUUUAUUGUCUCAGGACGCCAGAGGGCCGAGAGAUGUACGACUGCAAUACCUUGAGUGAUUAUCAGUUAGAUAUAGGCACAACCCUUCACCUGGAUGUUUGGGAUGGGUGGAAAGAAUUCCUGACUGGAUGUCUCUUAGGAAACAAGCCCAAGGUCCAGCGCUAUCUUUCAAAGGAAGAACCAGUGCUCAGGUAUCAAAAGAGGGUAGCUCUUUAUAUGGCAGCCUUUUUCGGGCACCUUCAGCUUUUGGCGUGGCUCCUGAAACAGGGUGUGAAACCCACUGAACCAGUUGGCAUACAUCCCUAUCGAGAGUGGUGUCACGAAAACAGCCAGCCGGAUGUCACCAAUUGCCCAGUUCAUGCAGCUGCUGAAGCAGGCCAACUCAUGGUUCUGAAAGCCUUCGUCAAUUACAGUGUCUUGUGCCUGGAAUGCCAGAACUCUGCAGGACAAACUCCCUUGCAGCUAUGUAUCCUACACAGACACAAGAACUGUGUGCUGUAUUUAGUCACCAAGAUGUGGUCAGUGGUUUCUUACCCUAAUUCCUCUCUUCCCAUGAAAAUCUACAUCAGGUUAAAACUGUGGCUGCUUAAGGCUCAAAAUAACAUCUGUACAAAGAAGCGACGCAAGCAGACAUCAGUUUUCAGGACUAGGGUUGGGGACAUCGUCCUUGUGGAUGGUUUCACAGAACCCAAAAUGACUUCCAAAAGUUUUUAUUCGGCCACAGUCAAGGGCGCAGGCAGCAGAGGUUAUGAACUACCAAACAUAAACUAUCAGUUCCAGCACGGGCAGGGUGACUGGUGUUUGACAACUUCAAAGGGGUACCUAGGGACAAAUGUCAAAUUGCCCCUGGUAGCAGAUGCAAACAACAAUGUUAAUGCGAGCCGACUGACACAGAAAAAUAACGCCAGGAGGAAGACUCUGCACGUUAGCAGUGAAGAAAAUAUGGACCAAAAUAUGUGUUUAGCAAGAGUUCCUCUACCCGCUAUCUCUGUUGUCAAGCCUGUUUCUCGUUAUUCCAUUCUGCUCAAUUCUUCUGUCAAGUCUUUUUCAGAACACAGUGGAAGAUCACCAAGGGAGAAUGCAAUCUACUGCUUAGCCAUAGCCAGUGCAUUUAAAGAGAAACCUUGGCUCGAACAACUUGGCAUUGCAAGAACCCUGGCUAAAAAAAGCAUAUACAAACCAGUGUGCUUACCAGCCUCCAUUUGAAACGAGCAUUUGCUAGAGAUGAUCCACCUUGAAAAGUUGUGUUUGGAGAUCGUGACACAUUCGCUGAUAAUUUUAAGCUAUAUUUCCCACCCCACCAAUUACAUACAAAGAGGAUUACAUCAUGGAAUAUUAAUAAGAAAGAUAUAUUCAAAAAACCGUAAUAUAUAAUUUGUGACUGUACAUUUUUGGCUCCUAGUGUCAGGCACUGUAAACUGACAUGCCUUGUAAGCAGUCAGCAUGCUACUUUGCAUAAAUUUCAUCUGAGGGGAGUAGAUUGAGAGGGAAUCCUUUUUGAAGGCUAGUAAGUUGGAACUGACAGCUGAACACCCCCCC